AGCCCUGGCUAGCCGUCCUCCCACAGGAGCCGCCACCCCGUCCGCGGCCGCGCGGGGGUCAGAGACCUCCUGCCAGCACCGCCUUCUCGCCCGCGCAACCAAUCAACACGAGGCUUGUAGGCCACCGCCUUCCGAUUGGCUGCGGCUCUGGCACCGCCCACCGUACCUGACGUUGGCGUCCGGCGGGAAGGCGGCGGCUUCCGGCCCGGGACUGAGCGGUGUCCGCGGACGCGCUCCGACCCCUUGCCGCCUGUGUACCGGCGGGGGCGUGGCGGCGGGAAGGGCAUCCCUGCUGGUGCCCACGGUCUCCCGGCGGCCGCGGCUUCCCUGGAGUCGGGCCCUCUGGGCACCGUGAGAAGGAGUGGAGCGGCGCGCGGGAGCCGUCCGGGGCCGGCGAGGUCAGGCGCGUGGCUGAAAGGACCUCCUCAGCUUCCUCCACAGGCCCUGGAAGUGAAACCCCGCCUUCAUCCCGCUGGGGGUCCGCCCCCAGCCCCUCAUCUCCUGUAUUUGAUCCUCUGGGAUCUCUCUCUUUCUGAGGCGGCCAUAUGGAUACCUCGACGCCCAUGCCCCCCGUUCCCCCCUCCCCGACCUGCAACCCUGCCCCACGGACAAUCCAGAUCGAGUUCCCGCAGCAUAGCUCAGUGCUGCUGGAAGCCCUGAACCGCCACAGGCUAGAGGGAAAGUUCUGUGAUGUGUCCCUCUUGGUGCAGGGCCGGGAACUUAGGGCGCACAAAGCAGUGUUGGCUGCUGCCUCUCCUUACUUCCAUGACAAACUUCUUCUGGGGGAUGCGCCACGUCUCACUCUGCCCAGCGUCAUUGAAGCUGAUGCCUUCGAGGGGCUGCUCCAGCUCAUUUAUUCAGGGCGCCUCCGUCUGCCACUGGAUGCUCUCCCUGCCCACCUCCUUGUGGCCAGUGGCCUCCAGAUGUGGCAAGUAGUAGAUCAGUGCUCAGAGAUUCUUAGAGAACUAGAAACCUCAGGGGGUGGAAUUUCAACCCGUGGGGCGACCUCUUACCACACACUUCUUUCCACCACAUCCUCUCCAGGAGGCUGGUGCAUUCGCUCUUCCCCUUUCCAGACCCCAGUGCAGUCUUCCACCUCUACCGAGAGCCCCGUUUUAGGGGAGGGGAGUGAACUGGGAGAUGUGUUACAGAUUCAAGUUGAAGAAGAGGAGGAGGAGGAGGAGGAAGAAGAAGAAGAAGAUGAGGAGGAGGACCAGGGGUCAGCAGCACCCUCUCAGACACCUCAGCCUCAGAGAGUAUCAGGGGCUUUUCCCUGUCCUCAUGGAUCACACCCACUGCCUAUAUCCACUACUCCCCGCAGGGUUUCAGAGGGCGAGAGUGCACCACUUGAGCCACCUACCCCUCAUACUGCACUGCCCCCCAAAGUCUUCUACAUUAAGCAGGAACCCUCUGAGCCUAAAGAAGAGAUAUCAGGAGGUGGAACUCAGUCUGGAGGAACAAAGGAGGAGACCAAAGUGUUUCCUGGAGGGGACACUGAAGGGAAUGGAGAGCUAGGGUUCUCACUGCCCUCAGGAGCAGGGGCAGCAUAUGGAGGAGGAGGUCCAUCCUGGAAACCAGUGGAUCUUCAUGGGAAUGAAAUCCUGUCAGGGGGUGGGGGACCUGGGGGGGCAGGACAGGCUGUGCAUGGGCCUGUCAAGUUAGGAGGUACACCCCCUGCCGAUGGGAAACGCUUUGGUUGCUUGUGUGGGAAGCGGUUUGCAGUAAAGCCAAAGCGUGAUCGGCACAUCAUGCUGACCUUCAGCCUUCGGCCCUUUGGCUGUGGCAUCUGCAAUAAGCGCUUCAAGCUGAAGCACCAUCUGACAGAACAUAUGAAGACCCAUGCUGGAGCCCUGCAUGCCUGCCCCCAUUGUGGCCGUCGGUUCCGAGUCCAUGCCUGUUUCCUUCGCCAUCGGGACCUAUGUAAGGGCCAGGGUUGGGCCACCGCUCACUGGACUUACAACUGACUGCUGAGGCCGUACACUAAUUUCUAGGAUAAGAGAGCCACUGCUGCUGAUGGAUACUUUGCCCUCACAACCAUCACACCCCUCUUCUGGAUCUUGUAAUCAUGCCAAGAAGAUCUAUAUAUUCUGGAUAUCUUGUUCUUAAGUGUGGGCAUCAACCUGGCAGAUUUGGGAACUCAGAUAUCUCCUCUCCAGGUUUUUGCAAACCACCCCAUAGGAAGGUGGUUUACAAGGCAUACAUAAAUUGAUCACUUGCCCAUAAUAGACCUUUCAUAAAGGAAGCCAGAUUUCAGAUUAGAAGUUUUGUUUGGUGAGAAGAGUUACAGCAAAAAGAUGUAAAAAUGUUUCAUUUGGUCUCCAUGAGGUGUUAAAGGAGCUGGUCUCCAUGUAGGGAUGUUUGAUUCCAAGGUCUAAUAAUUCAGAAACUAAUAAUGUUCUCGUCUCCCUUGUCAUUGCUGAAAUGAUUUAGGCAGAGUUCUUUUUAAGUACUCUUAAAAAGAAAGAGUACUUUCUUUUGUUCGGUCUUUCCAGAAGCCUCUCAGAAGCCUCUUGCUCUGCACCUUCCCAACACUUCUGUUUUUAAUUUUGUAGUUAAGCACUUUAACAAAUUGAGCAUUCCAUGUGUCAUUCUUAGAAUCCUCUUUUUAAUAGAGGAUAUUCCCUCAACAGCCUGUGCCUCUUGUUUAUCUUUGUCUACCACUGAUCACCCAUAUACUGAUCACAGUGAUUGGAAUGUGACCAGUGAACUCAGGAGAUGGCCACUGACCUAAAAUGCUCUCAGGGUAGCACCACUGUUGAACAAGUGGCUGUUGUCAGAGGCUGAGACAGCACAUAACAGAAGGCUGAAGAGUAUCUGCACAGUAGGACCACACCCCCUUCCUUUCCUUCCCGCUCACAUGAUAGGCCCUUUGUUGAGAGAGAAAAAAGUAGAUACUGGAAUGGGGAGAUUGUGACAGUUUACUUAAUUUCUUCAAAUAAACUUUGCUCUGAAA